AUGCAAGAAAUACGAGAAUCUUGGGGCAGUCACGGGCCGGGCCUACAACCAGCGGGGCAGAGGCCGGUAGCUGUUCUUGUUUGGGCAACGUUGCCCUUAGACGUCCUGCACACGCGCAGAGGUUUGUCUCUUGAUGCAAGAUUUGCGACAAGAUGGACUGUUGAAGAUGACCCUGCGUGGCGGCUAAAGCGCGCAAAAGAUGUUGCGGCGGAAGAGUUUUUCUUCUUCUGCACGAAUACCCCACGAAUUGGACGCGGGGCACAUGCUUGGCCGAAUCCAGAAGUCUUCCAAGCCAUAUAUAAAGACGGGCACUGCAGCUCAAGGUUUUCCCUUUCCCUUCAUUCACUAUCUAUCAUCAUGAGUCUGUCUUCAUUGGAAAAACAAGUGGUUGAACCCGACUUGGAUGACAUUGAAAAAGUUGCCCGUGCCCAACAAAAGUUGGAGCAUGGAUACACGAGAUGGCAAGCCAUCAAGUUAUACCCGCGUGCCGCCUUAUACAUUUUGAUUUUGGUCUGGGGCAUGAUUACCGUCGGCUUUGAGAACCAGGCAUCCGGUAUUGUGCUUUCGAUCCCAACCUUCAGAAAGGAUUUUGGCCACUACUACGAAGGAGCGUAUGUUUUGGAAGGAAAAUGGCAGUCGGCCAUUUCCGGUGGUCCAUACGGAGCGUUUGUUGUCGGCAGUUUCCUUGGAUCCUACUUGGCUGACCGUUUUGGAAGAAAGUUUUUGAUCUGGGGCACCACCGCCUUUACUUUUGUGUUCAUCGGCCUUGAAUACGCCGCUACUUCUAUCGAGGUUUUCUUCAUUGGAAAGUUCUUGAACGGUUUGUGCUUGGGUAUCAUCCAAACCGUGGGAACCACAUACGUGGCUGAAUUGACUCCCUUGGCCUUGAGAGGUAUGAGCACAGUUUCGGUCAAUUUGGCCUUCUGUAUCGGUCCUUUUGUGUGUUAUUUGAUUGCUAACAAGACGUCGACCAGAGCAGACAGGUGGGCUUACCGUGCUAUCUUCUGCUCCCAAUGGGGGUUCGCCGGAAUUGCCGUCUUGAUUUUCGGAUUCCUUCCGGAGUCGCCUUACCACUAUGUGAUGAGAAACAAGGACGAAAAAGCUUUGGGAGCACUUCGGAAAAUUUAUCCGGAUGCCGGCAUGGCCGAGUCACAGUUGCUGAUCAUCAAGGCCAACAUUGAAGAGGCUAGAAUUUUGUCGAAGUCGGGAUCAUACCUUGAACUUUUCAACCGCAAAAACUGGCGCAGAACUUUACUUGGAACCUCGGUCUUCAUCAUGCAACCCAUGAGUGGUUUGGCAUACGUGGCUUCUUACCAGACUUAUUACUACCAGCAGGCCGGAUGGGACACUCUGAAAUCCUUCCAUGUGAGUUGUGUGGCCCAAGCACUUUCAGUGAGUGGUACAAUUUUGGCCAUUUUCAUGGUGGACCGGUUUGGAAGACGUUUUGUCACUUUGUACGGAAUUAUCGCCUUGGCUAUUUUGAAUGUUUUGACCGCUGGUCUCGGUACAAGCAAGAAACAGAGCCUUUUGAGUGCAUCUUCCAUCAUUUUGACCAUGUACAACUUCUUCUACAACUCGGGUAUCGGCCCCAUCGCUUACUCCAUCAACUCGGAAAUCCCCACUUCUCAAUUGAGAGUGAAAACCAUUGCCGUCGGGUUGAGUCUUAAUAACGGUUUGCUGUGUAUGUGGUCUUUCGUCCUUCCUUACAUGUUUAAUGUUGACCAGGCCAACAUGGGUUCAAAGAUCAACUUUAUUUUCGCCGGCUGCUGUUUCUUCUCCUUGUACUUUUUCUACUUCUACUUGCCUGAAACUGCCAACCGCUCCUACGAAGAAGUCGACGAGAUGUUUAAGGCAAACGUUCCUGCUCGCAAAUGGAGAAGUUAUGUUACAAGUGAACGCACAGAGGCUGAAAGCGUUUACGCCGAACAGGCCAAGGGCGAAACUGCCCACAUUGAGAAUUCCUAA